GUUUCUGGUGGAGGCGGCGCGCGGACUCCGGCAUGGCUGCCGAUCGCGCGCGCGUCACUUCCGGCUGGCGGCGGAUAUAAGCGGCAGGAUUUCCGCUUUCGCUCCUUUCCGGCGGUGACGACCUCCCCACGAGAACAUGCCCCUCGCGAAGGACCUCCUGCACCCGUCCCCGGAAGAGGAGAAGAGGAAGCACAAGAAGAAGCGCCUGGUGCAGAGCCCCAACUCCUACUUCAUGGACGUGAAGUGCCCGGGAUGCUACAAGAUCACCACCGUCUUUAGCCACGCGCAAACGGUAGUUCUGUGCGUCGGCUGCUCCACUGUCCUCUGCCAGCCCACGGGAGGAAAAGCAAGGCUUACAGAAGGAUGCUCCUUCAGGCGGAAGCAGCACUAAAAGCACCCUGAAUCAAGAUGAGUGCGACACUAUCCCAAUAAACAGAUUUUGGAUA